AUGGCAGUAUGGAUUCUGAUUGGGGAGAUGUUGUUGGUGCUGGCGUUGACCACAGCCUUGCUGCACAAGUACGGAGACUGGAGGAGACAACACCUGGUGGUGUCUGCGGCUACUCUGGUGGCGUGGUACUUCUCGUUCAGUAUUGUGGCUAUUCUGCCGAUUGAUGUGGUGCAGACCAACUACAAGCAAUGUUUGAUCAACUACGAGAGCACUUUGAACCAGUCUUUAACGCGUUCAAGACGCAGCGGGUUGCUAGCUGAAAAGGAUGCUCUAAUUAACCCUCUUUCAACGACACAAAUACCCACAACUGCAAGCGCUAACAGUUCAGUGUUGCCAAUAUCAACUCCUGUACCUCAACCACAUUCUCCCUGUGCAGAGCCUUUCACAAACGUGGACGAUGACGUCAUCAAAGCAAUGUGGCUAGUGGUCUACUGGUCCUCAUUUUUCCUAACGUGGCUCAUUUUGCCAUUCAUGCAGUCUUACAGUAUGGCAGGCGAGUUCACAGUCCUCGGGAAGAUGAAGAGAUCCCUGAUUGAGAAUGCAAUUUUCUACGGCAGUUAUUUGGCGAUUGUGCUAGCACUGGCAGUGUAUCUGCUAGUGAAAGGAGAGCUGAAAUUCGACAAAGAGUACCUGAAGACUCUAGUGACGACAGCUAGCAACACGUGGGGUCUGUUUUUCAUGGUUCUCCUCAUGGGCUAUGGGAUGGUGGAGGUGCCUAGGUAUGUGUGGGAUCUCUCCAGGAGGGAACACAGACUGCGGAGGACCUACUUCCAGGUGGCUAAGCUGCAUUCGGAGAAGAGUGAUGCCACAGAGACACUGGAAGACGUACUGGACAACAUCAAAGAUGCCCAUGCAGAAAUCCCUCAAUCAUCUUUAUUCUAUCCCAAAUUGCAAAUCGUCUUAUCCAAGAGUCCUUCUAACUUUCAAGACAGACUAAAGUACAGACCGGGUGGAGGCAUAUCAACUCCUCGAGGGGGUGCAAUGGGAGGCAGGAAUGAAAAUGGGGGUAAUGGGGACUACGCGAACGAGAGGAAGUUGGUCGGGCUGCAUAAGAAGCUGUUAGUGGCCAGACAGAAUCUCUGGCGUCUGGAGGCGAAGUGGGAGGCACUGCUAAAGAAGGCAUUCAAGUUGGAAGAUAUAGUCAAGAGCAAGACCAAAUAUUCUCGCAACGGACCAUCCGGUGCUCCUUCAUUCAUUAUGAGCAAAACUAAUCAGAGCAAUGGAAACUCGAACGGAACCGCUAACAAACUCGAUUCGGCAAGUGACAACUCGGCUACAGAUCUGCUAGACGACGACUAUGUUGAUUUUCAAGACCACAAGAACAGAGAAGAAGCAAAUAAUAUAAAAAAUUUUGGAGCUCGGAAUACGGGACCAACCUCAAUUUUUGACGACAUAUAA